CCUUUCGGCCCGCGCCGCCAUCUUGUGAGUGCUGCGCGAGCCACGCUGAAGCGUGGUGGCCGCUUUCAGUAAUCAGCCAAAAUGACGAACACAAAGGGAAAGAGGAGGGGAACUCGUUAUAUGUUCUCGAGGCCCUUUCGCAAACAUGGAGUUGUCCCUCUGGCUACCUAUAUGCGCAUCUACAAGAAAGGCGAUAUAGUUGAUAUCAAGGGUAUGGGUACAGUUCAACAAGGUAUGCCUCACAAGUGUUACCAUGGCAAGACUGGAAGGGUGUAUAAUGUUACUCAACACGCUGUGGGUGUUAUUGUUAACAAGAAGGUUAAGGGUAAGAUUCUUGCCAAGAGAAUUAAUGUGCGUAUUGAGCAUAUUAAACAUUCCAAGAGCAGAGACAGCUUUUUGCAGCGUGUGAAGGAGAAUGAAAAGAAGAAAAAGGAAGCAAAAGAAAAAGGCAUUUGGGUUCAACUGAAACGUCAGGAGGUUCCUCCUUCUUUUAGAGUAGAGUGACAGCCUGCAGUGUGUCUCCAUCUGAGCUGUCUGAUAUGCUUGUUGGCUGAACAGAACUGUGCUGUUCCUGGCUGAAAAUGAUGCCCUUGGCUGUGAGCAAAGGGACAGCUGCUUCCUGUUCAGGCAUCACAGCUAGAGGGUUGCUCAUCAGCAGCAGAAGCUGUGGCCAAUUUCUAGAAGUGAUGUUGUGUUUGGUUGAGUUGAAUUUAGCUGCAAUAGAAACUGUUAAAACUGAGUAACUAUAGACUUCAGAGGGAAGGUAAUAGCUAUUGCUUAUGGAACUAGAGGGUACUUUUUGUUGACUUGGAUUAGUAACUCAGAGGCUGAAUUGUAGUUGUCUCCAUUCAACAGUAAAAGCCAAAUCUUACAGCAGAUUCCUUUUCUUACAGCUGAUCUUCAAAGCAGAUUUUAGAGAGACUAGCAAUGAUAAAAUUGCUGUGAUGUUUGUAUGAUAAUACAUUAAAUUUGGUUGACAUGAAUUCUGUGUAAGGUUUCCUUUGAGCUUUUGUGCCCUGAAUUCUUUCUGUCUCUGUUUACAGCCUGCUCCACCAAGAGAAGCACACUUUGUGAGGACUAACGGGAAGGAUCCGGAGCUGCUGGAGCCAAUUCCCUAUGAAUUCAUGGCGUAAUGCACGUUUGAAUAAUAAAUUAAAGAUCUGCUUUUGGAUGAGUGUA